UGCCGCCACACGACGAAGAGAGGCCAUGAAGCACAACUUUGACCUGGGCGACACCGUCGAGGACGUGUCGGCGCCGAAGAAGACUGCGGGUUCUAAAGGAAACAAAUCGCCCUCGCCUUCUGCCAAGGGAACCCCCAAAAAGGACGACCACAAGGUGUUGAAGUCGACCAAGGUCAAGAAGGCCUCUGCCAAAGAGACCUCGUCCCGCGUGAAGCGAGCUCGAGUCCCGACCAACUUCUACCUGGUGCAGUCGUCUUUUGAUACAUCCAACGAACGACACCGCCGAGAGCCCAUCAACUUGGCCUCGGAUGACGACGAAGACGACGACAUCGAGGCAGACCUCCCUCAAGCUGCUGCCAAGAACAAGGGGUCGAGACGUCAAGCCAAGAAAGGCCAUGACGACGAGGAAAGUGACGACAGUGAAAACGAAGAAGAAGACGAUGAGGACGAGGAUGAACCGGUGCCCAAGCGGCAACGAGUAUCUCGAUCCAACUCAGGCAAAGCACUUGCACCUCCAGCCAAGACAGCCAAGAACGAUUCCAAAAAGGGCACGAAGAAGCAAGACACGUCCGCUAAGAAGUCAGCAACCCCUGCCAAGAAAUCAGCCACGAUCGUCUCUGUGGCCACCCAGAAACCCAACGACCCCAAGACAGUCACUUCAAAGCCUGCGAAGAAAGACGCAACGGACGUAUUGCCUUCAAAGCCUCACGUAAAUAGCAGGCCUGCAACUUCUACCACUUCGUCUGCUGGGCACAACAUCGCCACCGGCUUGUUGGAGACUGCCCUGAAUUCAAACACGAAGCAAAACAAAAUUUUGGCCGCUGAAGUCAAGGCAUUCACGAAUGCCAUCAAUAGCGCGACGAUGUUGAUCUCGACUCUCUGGGAGCAGUACCAAGAAAUUCAGCAAAAGGACAUGGACCUGCGGGAAGCGGCGCUCAAGGUGGCCCAAGCUCAAAUGGGAGUGCACGAGGCGGACAAAGUCACGGAGGAUGACGUGGCGCAGGAACAGCAAGAUGAUGUCGCCGAGGAGAAGGCUGCAGUCGCAGCCGUUGCAGUGGCAAUGGCUGUUGAUGACGAAAACGAAUCGGCGAAGCCCAACCCUGUUCUCCUUUAGGGUUUAUAUGGUUCAAGAACGUGUGAGCAAGGCCUCGCCAGGGUGUUGUGCUUCUGCUGUUAUGCGCACAAUCGAAUAUUUCAUUUGCGUCCAUCUCCCAGUCAAAAUACUUCACCAAAAAGACUGCUUACCUUUAUGCUACGGUUGACGCUUGGCUCGGG